AUGACUCGGUACAUUCUGCAGGGUCCACAAAGCAUUGAAAACUAUACCAACCCUGAAAUCCUUCUCAUCGCGCCUUGGCCUUAUCCUUUCACCCCCAUAAGCGAGGCUAUUGCUGCGAUCCUUGUCCAUAACUUUUUGGGCUUUCGUCUAUAUCGGAUGACGGGAAAGCUGUACUUGUAUGUCGGCGUAAUGAUAUGCGCUGUUACAGUCUUUGGCUUUGGCAUAGCGACAGGAGUCAGGGCCUGGAUUAUUCAUGAAACAGGAUUCAGGACAACAGACUCGGUUAUCUACCAGCUCAUUCGUGGCACGAUUCAAACCGGAGUCUUCUCGAGCAUCUUUGCCUUGGCUCUUUUGAUUUGCUACCUUAGUAUUGCCCUUUCUGUCACUGUGUUCCCAGCAUUUACCAGGCCUAUAGGUUCGCCGGCGACAAACCUCUAUGGCAUGUUUGCUAUGCCUGUCGGACGUAUCUAUACAAAUACCCUAAUGGAUACGCUAAUUUCCCGAGAGAAAUUAAAGGAGAGUCUGUCGUCAGAACCUAUUGAUGUCACCUCGACGGUUAUUAUACGAAUGGACAAGGGUAGACAAAGAUCCGGUGACAGCGUCCCGGGUCAGAUACCUGUUGUGAAUAUUCGCCGAGGCGUCUACUCUGAGACCGAUGCUACAGAAAUGAACCGACUCGAUUCAGCAGACCGAAAACGUCAGACUCUCGAACAUGACUCUGAGGGUGAGAUGUGGGCGUCAGCGUCAGGCUUUAAGCUAUGA